UGGAACAGCUAUCGCGCGCGCGCGCUAUAGCAGGUUUCUGUCUGCUUGUUUUACUUAUAACGAAAACACAAUUAUAUAUUAAUAGUUUAAUUUUAUUUUUUCUGCUUUGAAGUGCAGGCUGUUCUAGAGAAAUAUUAGUCUGUCGUUGUCUGUAUUCGUCGUGCUCUGAGUUAAGAUUAAUUUUAUCCCGCUCUCUUUUUUCAUGCUAACGUUAGCAGUCGGCGGUCUUAACAUUUUGACGAUUUCAUUUUUAUCAAACUCUUCGGAUUAAAUAAUUCAUCAUGGGCUACUUAAAGUUAAUAGAGAUAGAAAACUUUAAGUCUUACAAAGGCAGACAGAUAAUCGGGCCUUUCCACAAGUUUACAGCGAUUAUAGGGCCGAAUGGAUCAGGCAAAUCAAAUCUCAUGGAUGCUAUCAGCUUUGUUCUGGCAGAGAAGACCAGUAACUUGCGUGUAAAGACAUUGAAGGAUUUGAUUCAUGGAGCUCCAGUGGGUAAACCUGCAGCUAACCGAGCAUUCGUAUCCAUGGUGUACCAGUUGGACAAUGGACAGGAGCUUUCAUUUUCCAGAAUCAUCAUAGGUUCCUCAUCAGAGUACCGCAUCAAUAAUAAAGUGGUGGGUCUGUCUGAAUACAGUGAUGAACUGGAGAAACUGGGAAUCCUCAUCAAGGCCAGAAACUUCCUGGUCUUUCAGGGUGCGGUCGAGUCAAUUGCCAUGAAGAACCCAAAAGAGAGAACUGCUCUGUUUGAAGAGAUUUCUCGUUCUGGAGAGCUUGCUCAAGAAUACGACAGAUGCAAGAAAGAAAUGGUAAAGGCUGAGGAGGACACGCAGUUUAACUACCAUCGCAAGAAAAACAUCGCUGCUGAACGAAAGGAAGCCAAGCAAGAGAAAGAAGAGGCGGAACGCUACCAACGGCUUAAAGACGAGGUGGUGCGUGCUCAUGUACAGUUACAACUCUUUAAACUGUACCACAAUGAAUCAGAGAUUGAGAAACUGAACCGAGAGCUGGCCCACCGCAACAAAGAGAUUGAUAAGGACAGAAAACGCAUGGACCGUGUGGAGGAGGAGCUGAAAGAGAAGAAGAAAGAGCUGGGCAGAAUGAUGAGAGACCAGCAGAUGAUUGAGAAAGAGAUCAAGGAGAAGGAUGCAGAGCUUAAUCAGAAGAGGCCUCUGUACAUUAAAGCCAAGGAGAACACUGCUCACAAGAUCAAGAAACUGGAGACUGCCCGUAAAUCACUGCAGAACGCCCAGAAAUGCUACAAAAAACGCAAGGCAGACAUGGAGGAGCUAGACCGUGAACAGGGGGCGGUGGAAAUGGCCAGACAGGAGUUUGAGGAGCGAAUGGAGGAGGAGGCUCAAAGUCAGGGACAAGAUCUACAGCUGGAAGAGAACCAGGUUAAGGCAUAUCACCGUCUGAAGGAGGAGGCGAGCAAGCGAGCUGCUACACUGGCUCAGGAGCUGGAGAAAUUCAACAGAGACCAAAAAGCUGACCAGGACCGUCUGGACCUGGAGGAGAGGAAGAAAAUAGAAACAGAGGCCAAGAUCAAGCAGAAGAUCAGAGAGAUCGAGGAGAACCAGAAGCGCAUUGAGAAGCUGGAGGACUACAUCACCACCAGCAGACAGUCUCUGGAUGAGCAGAAGAGGAUGGAGGAGGAGCUCACAGAAGAGGUGGAACAGGCCAAACGAAGAAUAGAUGAGAUCAACAUGGAGCUGAACCAGGUAAGAUUUCAGAAAGGCAAGCGCUUAAACCAAAAAUUCAAAGUAGGCACACCACAGAAAG